AUGGCGGGCGAAGCAGCCGCUGCCCCGGGCAAGCUCACCCCGGACGACAGCCACACGCUGCUGGUCCGCGGCAAGACGUACCACUACCUGCUCGGCAACCCGGCGGGCGGCGUGAGCAGCACCACCACCACGGUCGUGCUCGUGCACGGCUGGCCCGACCUGGCGUUUGGGUGGCGAUACCAGGUGCCGUUCCUGCAGGCGCUGGGGCUGCGCGUCGUGGUGCCGGACAUGCUGGGCUACGGCCGCACCGACGCGCCCGAACCCAUCGAGCCGUACUCGUACAAGAGCGUCGUCGAGGACCUCGCGGUGCUGGCGGCGCACGUGGCCGGGCCCAGGCAGCCGGUCGUACUGGGCGGGCACGACUGGGGCGGCGCAGUCGUGUGGCGGUUCGCGCUGUGGCGGCCCGAGCUGACCUGUGCCGUCUUUUCCGUGUGCACGCCGUACUGGCAGCCGCUCAAGACGUGGGUGCCGCGCGAGGUGCUAGUGGAGACGCUGCUGCCCAACUUCCGGUACCAGCUGCAGCUCGCGGGCCCCGACGUCGAGGCGGACGUCGUCGGGCCCGAGAAGCUGCGCCGGUUUCUGUCCAGCCUAUUCGGCGGGCGCGGGCCCAACGACGAGUUCGGCUUCAGCACCGAGGUCGGCGUCAUGUUUGAGAACCUCGACAAGAUUGGCCCGAGCCCGCUGCUGAGCGCGGCCGAGAUGGACUUUUACGUCGACGAGUACAGCCGCCACGGCCUGCAUGGGCCGCUCAACUGGUACCGCAACUCCAGGGUGAACUUCGAGGAGGAGCAAGAGCUUGUUGAGCAGAAUCGGUCGCGCAUUAGCGCACCGUCCCUGCUUAUUGUUGCGUCCAAGGACAAGGCGCUGCCGCCGGCCAUGGCGGCGGGCAUGGACCGAUUUUUCGACAGUCUGGUCAAGGAAGAAGUCAAUACCAACCACUGGGCUCUAUGGGAGGCACCGCAAGAGGUCAAUGGGCACAUUGGCAAGUUCCUGGCCGAUGUGUUGAAGGCCGACAAAGGGCCGAAGGCGUCAAUUUAA